AUGGACUAUCAAGCCAGACUGCCAAACCAUCGGGACCAUGUCUGCAGUACUUGGGGAAACAAUCACUUCAAGACCUUCGAUGGGGAUGUUUACCAGUUUCCAGGAACUUGUGACUAUAAUUUUGUGACUGACUGUAACUCACAAUAUAAAGAAUUCUCCAUUCAUAUUAAACGCACAAUUUCCAAGGGGCAUCCCAAAAUACAUGGCAUCACAGCAAAAAUCAAGGAUAUUGUGAUUUACAUGACACCAAAAUUUAUGGUCAUCAGUGAUGAAAUAGUCUCGCUUCCUUAUUUUGGCCCUGGUUUCUAUGUAGAACAGAAUGUUCAAUACACCAAGCUGUAUGGGAAAUUUGGACUGACUCUAAUGUGGAACAGGGAAGAUGCUCUCAUGGUUGAGCUUGAUGUAAAGUAUCACAAUCAGACCUGUGGGCUUUGUGGAGAUUAUAAUGGCAUACCUGUUUACAAUGAGUUCACUAUAGAUGGACAACAAUUUUCACCCAUCCAGUUUGGAAACUUGCAGAAAAUUCAUCUUCCAAAUGAUAAGUGUCAAGAUGUGGAUGAGCAAGCUGUGGAACCCAGUUCUUUAUGUGAACAAUAUAGGGAGGCCUGUGAAAAUCUCCUGUCAAGAAGCUCAUUCUCAGACUGUAAAUCCCGCUUGAACAAUGAGCAUUACAUACGGGCCUGCAUGCUGGACAUGUGCAGUUGUGAAAAAGUUUUGGACUCCUUUUGCCUGUGCAGUACCAUCUCCGAAUACUCACGGCAAUGCUCUCAUGCUGGAGGGAAACCAGAGAACUGGAGGACUGAAACAUUUUGCCCAAAGAAAUGCCCGUUGAAUAUGAUCUACAAGGAAAGUGGCUCUCCCUGUAUGGACACCUGUUCUCACCUCGAUACAAGCAGUCUGUGUGAGGAGCACUAUAUGGAUGGGUGUUUCUGCCCCUCAGGAAUGGUGAUUGACGAUUACUCUGACUCUGGAUGCAUCAAAGUGGAGGACUGCAAAUGUACAAUGAAAGGCAAACAUUACAACUCAGGCACCUUGCUUUCAACGGAGUGUGAAGAAUGUGUCUGCAGCAGUGGUAAAUGGUUAUGCAAGAAUCUGCCUUGUCCUGGUAUAUGCUCUUUUGAGGGGGGAGCACAUGUUUCCACUUUUGAUGGGAUGAAAUACACAUUUCAUGGCAACUGCUAUUACGUUCUUUCCAAGGAUUGUGAUCAGCAACAUUAUACUUUACUGGCAGAGAUUGUGUCUUGUGGAACAACAUCAACUGAAACCUGUCUAAAAACUGUGGUGCUGUCAACAGACCAUAAACACAAUGUCCUCGUUUUUAAAGAUAGUGGAAAUGUUAUCAUGAAUGGUGUUAAGGUGACUUUACCUCUGGUAACAGCAAAUUAUACCAUUUUCAAACCAUCGACAUUCCAUAUCCUGCUGGAGUCAAAAUUUGGCCUGCAGCUACAAGUCCAACUGGUUCCUCGGAUGCAAGUCUAUGUAACCCUCGACCAGUCGUAUAAAGGAAAGACAUGUGGUUUCUGUGGGAAUUUUAAUGACAUCCUACACGAUGAUUUCAAGGCAAGUAAUGGAUUGGUGGAGGGCACAGCCGCACCAUUUGCAAACUCUUGGAAAGCCCAGCGGAGCUGCUCAUCUGUAUCAGAGCAUCUGGAGGACCCCUGUGCUAUUAGCACCGAGAACCAAAACUAUGCAGAGUAUUGGUGUUCUCUUUUGAAAGAGCCUGGCGGAGCUUUCUCUCAUUGCCAUUCUACCAUCAGCCCAACCGAGUACUACAAGAAAUGUAAAUAUGACAGUUGUAACUGUUACAAAAAUGAAGACUGUAUGUGUGCCGCUAUAUAUUCUUACGUCCGAGCCUGUGCAAGCAAAGGGGUCAUAUUAACCAACUGGCGAACUAACGUGUGCAGCUCUUACACAAAAACCUGCCCUGAGACGCUGACGUAUGACUAUGACAUGAAGAGCUGCAGGCGCACAUGUCACUCACUGAGUGAGAAGGAUGUCACAUGUGGAAUUCAACAUAUUUCAGUGGAUGGAUGUGGGUGUUUGGAAGGAACAUACAUGAAUGAAAAAGGCAAAUGUGUGCCCUCAUUCAAAUGUCCAUGCCUCUAUGAAGGCAACCUCUUGAAUCCUGGCGAGGUGAUCAGAAUAGGAGACACACAUUGUGUGUGUAAAUAUGGAAAGGUCCAGUGCAUUAGGUCACGAAGCAGAAUGAUGACAUGUGAGCCACCGAAGAUUUAUUUCAGCUGCAAUACGACAGAGCCAGGGGUGACAGGGGCAGAGUGUCACAGGACAUGCGGGAACCAGAAUCUGGAUUGUUACAGUGAAAAGUGUGUGUCAGGUUGUGUCUGCCCCGAGGGGCUUUUGGAAGAUGGAAGAGGAAACUGUGUGAAGGAGGAGAACUGCCCUUGUAUGCAUAAUAAUUUCCAUUACCAUCCAGGAAGCAGGAUUACAGUUGACUGUAACACUUGUACCUGUCAUAAAGGCAAUUGGGAAUGCACAGAUAUUCCCUGCUUCGGAGCUUGUAGAAUAUAUGGGAGUGGUCAUUACAUCACAUUUGAUGGCAUGCGCUAUAAUUUUGAGGGGAAUUGUGAAUACGUUGCCACCCAGGACUAUUGUGGAGUUGGUCACACCAAUGGUACCUUCAGUGUAAUCACAGAAAAUGUCCCCUGUGGAACAACUGGAACGACAUGCUCUAAAUCGAUCAAGCUGUUUUUCCAGAAUUUUGAACUGAAGUUAGCUGAAGGGAAACACGAAGUAAUACAGCGGAAUGAAGACACAAUGCUCCCUUUUACUGUCCGCACAGUGGGUCUUUAUCUUACAGUGGAAACUACUAAUGGAUUGAUUAUAAUAUGGGACAAAAAAACCAGCAUUUUUAUUAAGUUGAGCCCUUCUCACCAGGGCAAUAUCUGUGGAUUAUGUGGUAACUUUGAUGGAAAUGCAAACAAUGAAUUGAUGACAAGAAGCCAGUCAGUAGUCACAAAUAUCACGGAGUUUGGAAACUCCUGGAAGAUGGCGGCCACCUGCCCUGAUGCUGUGCCUGAAUAUGACCCUUGCAUUCAGAACCCACACCGGAAAGCCUGGGCAGAGAAACAGUGUGGAAUAAUUAUGAGUGAUGUCUUUAAAAAUUGUUCCAGAAUGGUUGACCCAAAUCCAUUUUAUGAAGCUUGUGUGCAUGAUUCUUGCUCUUGUGACAGUGGUGGAGACUGUGAGUGCUUUUGCACAGCUGUAGCUGCCUAUGCAAAUGCUUGCAAUGAUUCUGGGAUAUGUGUUGACUGGAGGACCCCUGAAGUCUGUCCUAUGUACUGUAGUUUCUACAACCCUUUCCCUGAGAUGUGUCAGUGGCAUUACCAUCCUUGUGGAGUCCCCUGCUUCAAAACUUGCCUGAACCCUCAUGGUCUCUGCAAUGUCACGUUCCAGCUGGAAGGUUGCUACCCUAAGUGUCCCGAGGAUGCGCCCAUUUUCAAUGAACAUAUUAAGCAGUGUGUUGCUGAAUGUGGCUGUUAUGUAAAUGGAAAAUAUUAUGAAAUUAAUGAAACUGUGGAAACCAGCAAUAACUGUGAAGAGUGCCGGUGCACAAAGGACGGCGUUAGCUGCAUGAACGAUAGCAGUGGCAAGUAUUCAUUUCACUCUUCCUGUGACUACAAUGAGACCUGGUUGAACUGUGAUUGCAUGACAGCAAGAUGUAUAGAUAAAGAUAUAAUUUCCUUAAGACCUGUGGUGUGUCCUACUGUUGAACCUAUUGAAUGCGCCAAUGGUCAUCUACCUGUCAAAGUUUAUGAUGAAUAUCAUUGUUGCUACCAUUACGAAUGUGACUGUUAUUGUAAUGGAUGGGGAGGCUCACAUGUUGUUACAUUUGAUGGUCAGUAUUACAGUUAUGAGGGAAGCUGCAGCUAUGUUCUUGUGGAAGAAACAAGUCCAUCCCUUCAAAAUUUUGGUGUUUACAUUGACAAUUACUACUGUGACACUCAAGACAGUCUUACCUGUCAGCGUGGUAUUACUGUGAAAUUUGAAAAUCUUAACAUACAGGUCACGAAUAUCAAUACAAAUGGAAUUCAAAAUCUGGUAACGAUUAAUGGAAGUAUUGUGUCACUUCCGUACUUAAGAGAUAACGUGAGGAUCUUCAGGUCGGGCAUUAACAUAAUGGUUCAUAUUCCCAAAAUAAAAGCUCUCAUCACCUCCAGUGGUUUAGCUUUUGCAAUUAAACUUCCAAGUGAACUAUUUGGAAAUAAAACACAGGGGCAUUGUGGAACGUGUAAUAAUAUUCAGAAUGAUGACUGUAUGCUGCCCAGUGGACAGGUAGUAUCCUCCUGUUCUGAAAUGGUUGAUUACUGGCAAAACAAAGAUCCCAGUAAGCCGGGCUGUAAUGGACCAUCCACACCACUGACCACAGCACCACCUCAAGUGACAAUCCUUCCUCAAGCAACUCAACAACCUUGCAAAUCCAACUCUCUUUGCAAGCUCAUUACAAGCAAGCUAUUUGAAAAAUGCCAUGCCUUUGUUCUACCAGACUCCUACUACCAGGCAUGCGUGCAUGAUGAGUGCCUGACAACAAGUACCUCGGUAGUGUGUGCAAGUUUGCAGACUUAUGCAACUACAUGUAUGGCUCACGGUAUUUGCAUCGACUGGAGAAAUUACACACAUGGAGAAUGUCCUUUUGAUUGUCCUUCAAACAAGAUUUACAAAGCAUGUGGGAUCUUUGAAAAGGAACAUACUUGCAGUUCAAGCUAUUCAGAUUGGACUGGUCUUAACUUAUCAGAAGGAUGUUUUUGCUCACCGGGUACUAUCCUAUUCAGCCCUGACUCCAACCUUUGUGUUGAUAAAUGUGGAUGCCUCGGACCUGAUGGGUUACCCAAAGAGUUUGAUGAAACAUUUAAGUUCAACUGCCAGGACUGCAUCUGUGACAAGAUCACACAACAUGUCAUCUGUCAUCCUUACAGCUGUCCUGACUUCCCAGCAAUAACCUGUGAUGGAGAAGGAUUUGUCAGUGUCAAUGGUGCAACAGCAACCUUUGUCCUCCAUCAGAUAUUCAGUGUGAACUUGGAUUUAAGGCAUCAUCAAAGACUGCAGAAGGGAAGUGUUGCCCAGUUCAUUCAUGUGAUGUUGGAGUCCUGGCAGACCCAGAGUCACCCAGGGAACUACAUCUGUGUGAAGUACAUCAGGCUGAAGCUCGUUGAAGACCAUAUUGGGGAUCUGGAGCAGCAGCUGGAUGACUUUCAGCUUGUACGGCAAAGUGAGAAGAUAAUCAGAGUUUGA